GUCAAUCUAAUCCAAUCAGCUAUAAAUCCCUAAUUUCCCCAUUCUCACAGGUUUGUCACUUACAUAGAUACGCAUAUGCAUACAAAUCAAAAAAUUCCAGAAAUGGGGGAUGUUUCUGAUAAAUUGGCGUAUUUUCAAGCGAUCACAGGAAUCGAAGACCGCGAUUUGUGUACAGAAAUUCUCUCAGCCCACGGAUGGGACCUCGAACAAGCCAUUUCUUCUAUCACCUCCACCGACAACAAUCGACCCGUUGCCGCGUCCGGCUCCAGGUCCGCCACCGCAAAUACAAAUCAAGAAACCGAAGACGCUGGCUUAGUUCUGGCGGCGAAUGUCAGCAAUCAACCCCCCGGCGUUGUCUGGAAAUUGGUAACGCUCCCGUUUUCUAUCAUUUCGGGUAGUCUAGGGUUGAUUUCUGGUGCAGUUGGGCUCGGUAUAUGGGCGGCGAGUGGAGUCUUGUCGUAUUCGCUUAGUAUGAUCGGGCUUAAUAAUUCGGGCCGGGCUGGUACUACUCCGUUGGUGUCAGUGUCUCAGUCCGCGUCGGAGGCCAUGGACUUUGUGUCGAGUUUUGACAGGGAUUAUGGGAGUAUGAGGCCGAAUUUUGUGGCUGAGGACUUCAUGGACGCUCUGCAGAGGUCGAGGCAUGCUUACAAGCUUUUGUUUGUUUACUUACACUCGCCAGAGCAUCCUGACACACCUGCAUUCUGCGGAAGGACUUUGUGUAAUGAGACAUUGACAGCGUUUGUCAAUGAAAAUUUUGUGGCCUGGGGUGGGAGCGUUAAGGCCAGUGAAGGGUUUAAGAUGAGUAAUAGCUUGAAAGCUUCCAGAUUCCCCUUCUGUGCAGUGGUUAUGGCUGCCACAAACCAGAGGAUUGCGCUGCUACAACAGGUAUAUUCAUGGCCGACGUGGAUCCCCGUGAAUAAAAUAAUCCCGACCCUAUGUGUGUAUUAUGUCAACCAUGCGGUCACCUGCAUGGGCUAUCCGGCUAUGUAGCUCGGUUCUUGCUUAAUAUUUAUUUUUUACCAAUUUCAGUCAGUAGAAUAUACUUCUACUGAGAUUUUGUUGGAUACCGAUUUAUUUGCGUCGAGAAUUUAUGUAUAUGGAUGGGUUUGGUGAAUAAUUUUCGAUAUCCCUGCCCCCUUCUAGGCUUUGAUAGGUGAUGCACUCCUGAAAUUUUAGUGACGAGGAUAUCAUAUUUGUUUUAUUUUA